AUGCUACUGCGAAGCUCGUCGUUCGGUCUGCUCGUCGCCGUGCUCGCCACCUCGUCCAGUUCGUCAAUCUUCGCUUCGGCCUCGGCCGCGACCAGCGGAGGCUUACCGGAGAACGCCGCUUCGUUGCCUGCUGCACAACUUCUGUCCCUCGCCACGUCGGCGUUGACUUCGGGCAAGACGGCGACGGCGUUGCAGGUGUAUGACCACUUGCUCGAACGCGACCCGAACGACGUCGCGACUCUGUACAAACGCGCGACGGUGCGGUACGCGUUGGGACAAUGGUCACGGGCCAAGGAAGGCUUCUACGACGUGUUGGAGAGGAACGAUGCGUUCGAUGAAGCGAGGGUCAAGUUGGGGCACGCGAUGGCCAAGCUAGGAGAGUACUCGGGCGCGAGGGAACAGGUGUCCAAGUUGGGCGCUCAUCAGGCUCAUGCUCAGGAGGCGGCACAACUGGUGAGUUGGGCAGUGACGUGUAUGAAACACAUCAUCACCGAGAAACGUGCUCCUGACACGCUACGUCCUUUGCUGCACCAGUUACGGGAAGUGAACCUCGGCUCAUCCGCUCUCGAGCAAGCCAAAAAGGCCUCAAAGGCGCACCAAUGGACCCAAUGUGUCAACUCGGCCACCACUGCACUCCAAGUCUCGCCCAACUCUGAUGAACUGCGCCUUCUGCGCUCACACUGCUACCUCCAUUUGAACGAGUUCGACUCGAGCGUCGGAGACCUCUCCCGAGCCGCGACGCUGACUUCGGCGCUACCCGAUUGGUUGAUGCUGCGCUGGUCGCUCAUCUCAGCCUUCUUGUUGGACCCUUCGUUGGGCAGUGGCGCAGCGAGGGAAUUGAACGGCGAGGGAUUGACCGCCGUGAAGAAGUGCUUGAAUGCCGAUCCCGACUCCAAGGCGUGUCGCAAGGUGUUCAAGCUGUUGAAGAAGAUGGACAAGGAGAUCGCGUCAAAGUGGAAAACGCCGGCCGAGGCGGGGAGAUGGCUCGAAGUCACCGUUGUACUGAAUGGAUCACCCGCCAGUCCGGGGUUGAUCCAACAAAUUAAGGAUUUGUUCGAGACGUAUGCGCAACCUUUGACACCGAACGAGCAGAACGCGCCUCUACCUUCGACGCCGAACCUCGUCAAUCACUCGCCGGUGUACCGACACGCGCUCAGUGAUCUCUGCCAUGGGUACCUCAUGAUCUCGCGAACCCAAAAAGCUCGAUCAGCAUGCGAGGCUUCUCUUGCGGUCAACCCGGACGACGUGUGGGGUCUUGUUGGGAAGGGAGAGAAGCUGUUAAGUGAGGAGAAGUGGGACGAGGCCGUUCAGGCGUUGAGUGUGGCGUUCGAGAAGACCGGUCAGAGCGAUCGGGAGGUGCUAGGUAGGCUGCAGAAGGCGCAGAGGUUGGCGAAGCAGUCCAAGCAAAAGGUCAGUUUUGUUCCAUUGAUCGGGGUUUUGUGCUGAACGAGGAAACUGACGAGGACUUUGUCUCCUUGCUUGUGCUAGGACUAUUACAAGAUCCUGGGAGUCUCGAGGGACGCCGAUGGCAAGACGAUCAAGCGGGCUUAGUGAGUUGAAUACAUCAUUGUUGGAAUGCAUGGACGGGCUCUGACAUGUGCCACUGUUGUGUGCUUCUUCACAGUCGCAAGGGAACGCUGAAGGCGCACCCGGACAAGGAAGGAGGCUCGGAAGAAAAAAUGGCGGCGUUGAACGAGGCUUACGAAGUACUCUCCAAUCCUGGUACGUCCACAUGCUAUACGCUACAGUCACUUGCUUGGCUAGCGCCGACCUGACACAACCCUUUCGACAGAGCUCCGACAACGCUUCGAUAACGGCGAUGACCCGAACGACCAACAAUCCGGCGGAGGCCACGGCCAACCCUUCUUCCACCAAGGUGGAGGUGGCGGGCAUCCGUUCGAACAGUUCUUCCAGCAGGGCCAGGGAGGGGGCGGCCACCAGCAUACGUUCAGGUGGGGCUGA